UAAACGAGUUUGACUCAGAGGGAAACACAGUGAAGGAUUCCGCAUGGAAGUAACGACCCCAACAAAGCUUGAAUACUAUGAUCAAAUGUUCAAACUUCAAUCGAAAGCCACACUUGUUCACUACUUUAAGGGUGAAGAUGGAAGGAAAGCUUUGAUUUUAGAUAACACGAUCUUCCAUCCACAAGGUGGUGGUCAACCUUCUGAUACUGGUUUCGUUUGUGUCACAAAUACCAACCUCAGAUUCUGCGUGCAAGAUGUUCGAUCAAAAGACGGAGUUGUGUUUCAUUAUGGAGUUCCUGAGGUUUCCACCAUGGAAAAUGAAUUGGAGCAAGGGAAAGGGAAAGAAGUGAUUUUGCAAGUGGAUGAAUCAAGGAGGAGGCUGAAUUCUAGGCUGCACUCAGCUGGGCAUUUGCUUGAUGUUUGCAUGAGGAAUGUUGGUUUGGGGCUUUUGGAGCCGGGUAAAGGCUACCAUUUUCCGGACGGGCCAUUUGUGGAAUAUAAGGGCACGAUUCCACCGAAUGAAUUGCAAAACAAGCAAAGGGAAAUAGAGAUAGAAGUUAAUGACUUGAUAUCUAAAGGAGGUAAAGUUUAUGCAGCAGUAUUACCAUAUGACGAAUCUGCUGAGCUUUGUGGCGGUUCUCUUCCGGAUUACAUUACCCCGGGUAGCAAUCCUCGUAUCAUUAAGCUAGGAGACAACCCUGGUUGUCCUUGUGGCGGCACCCAUGUUUCCGAUAUUUCAGAGAUCAUAAGUCUGAAGGUCCCUCGAAUUCGGACCAAGAAGGGGAUAACAAAAGUGUUCUACACCAUUGAUAUAUAGGUGAUGUCAUGGAUGCUCAUUAUGUGAAUGGGUUUAGGGUAAUUUAGACCUUACCGUUCAUCUUGUGCUCUUAGGCCUUAGCUAAUCUCAUUUGCUUUGUUAUGUUGUCAUUACAAAUCUUCGUUAUGUUGAUUACCGGUCUACCGCAAAUUCUCUCGAGACUGAGCUCGUUCGACAACCACCGCUCCUCUCCCUAAGACAUCCAAGUCGAACCGGUUCCGGUGAUCAUCAACAUGGUUUCACAACCUUAGUCUCUACCUACAGAAUUUGUGUGAAUCGACAAUUAAUUAGCUUAUAGAAAACACGAGAGAAUACAAUGAAGCUUUAUAUUUAUUGUGUA